AUGCUCGGAAACUCAAUGGAAUUUGCAGUGGCAACUUAUGCACUAUUUAAGCUUGGUGCUAUACUGGUCCCGCUCAAUCCCUCCUUCAACGCCAUGCAGGUAGUCUCUGCUCUGAGCCACCUCGAAACUAGCCAUCUCAUCAUUAGCGCCGAGUCCAACCUUCCUCGCAAAAGUCCUCGGAGCAAUAUAGCUAUCCUCCAACAUCUCAUUGAAGACCUCUCGAACCCGAAGGUACAAUCCGCUCUAGUUCCCUCGUUGAAGCAGGUCAUACUCGUGGACAACUCUUCCGGUCGCAUGGAUUUGUCUCCAUACAAGAGCCUAACGCCAUUUUCAUCAAUCAUGUCACACAUUCCUGCGGAUGGCCUUGCCCUACCAGAGCAGAACCUCUCCCCAGACGAUAUUGUGAACAUUCAAUUUACGUCCGGUACCACGGCUAUGCCAAAAGCUGCAUGUCUAAGCCACCGCUCCAUCCUAAAUAACGGCUCACAAAUCGGAGAUCGCAUGCUCCUCACCCCGGACGACAUAGUCUGCUGCCCACCACCACUGUUCCAUUGCUUCGGAUGUAUCCUAGGCUACAUGGCAACGGCAACACACGGCUCAGCCAUAGUAUUCCCAGCCGAAUCCUUCAACGCCCGCGCUGCCCUCAAAGCAGUGCAAGAAGAGAAGUGUACCGCGCUCUACGGUGUCCCGACAAUGUUCCUCGAGGAACUCAGUUUGGUCGAAUCGGGGGAGAUCUCCAGCGAAGGCUUCGAAUAUCUACGAACGGGCAUCGCGGCUGGAAGUAGCAUUCCGUCAGAGCUGAUGAAGAAGCUGCACAGAGUCUUGAAUCUAACUGAGCUGACAAUAUGCUAUGGCAUGACGGAGACCAGCCCUGUGUCCCUUAUGACUACCACGAAUGACCCACUUGAUCGAAGAAUCAACACCGUGGGAAGAUUGAUGCCGCAUGUGGAGGCUAAAGUUGUGAACCCUGCAAACAAGAAACAGAUCCUCCCAAUAGAGACACGCGGCGAGUUGGCUGUGAGUGGGUAUCUCCUCAUGAAGGAAUAUUGGGGAGACCCAGAGAAAACAGCCGAGGUGAUGAUCGCAGAUGAUGAUGGGAAGAUUUGGAUGCAUACUGGAGACGAAGCUUCCAUGUCACCAGAUGGGUAUGUCACCAUCACCGGCCGCAUCAAGGACUUGAUCAUUCGCGGUGGCGAGAACAUUCACCCCCUGGAAAUCGAAAACUGCCUGCUAGGCAAUUCCGGAAUUGGCGAUGUGUCCAUCGUCGGGGUUCCAGAUGAGCGAUAUGGUGAGGUCGUGGCCGCCUUUGUGAUUGCGCGAGAACAAGGACCCGAAUCCAUCACUGCCAAGGAGAUUCGAGAAUGGGUUCGCGAGAGGCUGAGCAGCCACCUCGUGCCUAAAUACGUUUUCUUCCUGGGGCCAUCAGAUACGUUCCCUAAGACUGCGAGUGGCAAGAUCCAGAAAUUUAAGCUCAAAGAGCAGGCAAUCAAGCUCCUGGCUGAAGGGAAAGGGCAGUAG